AUGACUCUGAGCUCCAUGGGGGCUUGCUGCCUCAGCCCGGAGGCCGGAGAAGCUCGCCGGAUCAACGAUGAGAUCGAGAAGCAGCUCCGCCGCGAGAUGAGGGACUCCAGACGGGAAUACAAGCUGCUGCUGCUCGGAACUGGUGAAAGUGGGAAGAGCACUUUCAUCAAGCAGAUGAGGAUCAUCCACGGCCGCGGGUACUCCGACGAGGACAAGAGAGGCUUCGCCAGGCUGAUCUACCAGAACAUCUUCACGGCCACGCAGGCCUUGAUCCAGGCCAUGGACGCACUGCAGAUCUCCUACAAGUACGAACACAACAAGGCAAACGCCAGCAUUGUCGGCGGCGUCGAUGUGGUGAGGGUGACCACGUUAACGAGCCCUUACGUGGAGGCCAUCCAGAGCCUGUGGACCGACCCGGGGAUUCAGGAAUGUUACAGUCUGAAGAGGAAAUACCAGCUGUCAGACUCCGCUAAAUACUUCCUGAAUGACAUACACCGAAUUUCUGAUGCUUCUUAUCUGCCAACCCAGCAGGAUGUCCUGCGGGUCAGGGUGCCCACCACGGGGAUCCUAGAGUACCCCUUUGACCUGGAGAACGUGGGCUUCAGGAUGGUGGAUGUGGGCGGCCAGCGCUCGGAGAGGAGAAAGUGGAUUCAUUGUUUUGAGGCGGUCACUUCGAUUAUGUUCCUGGUGGCGAUCAGCGAGUACGACCAGGUCCUCGUCGAGUCCGCCAAGGAGAACCGCAUGGAGGAAAGCAUGGCUUUGUUCCAGACCAUCAUAACCUCCGGGUGGUUCCACCUGUCCUCAGUCAUGCUGUUCCUCAACAAGAUAGAUUUACUGGAGGAGAAAAUCCUGCACUCGCAUCUGGUCGACUACUUUCCUGAAUACGAUGGUCCCCAGAGGGACGUCAAAGCAGCACAACAGUUCAUCUUGGAUAAGUUCGUCAGUCUCAACCCCAACGAGAAAAGAAUCAUCUACUCCCACUUCACCUGUGCCACAGACACAAACGACAUUCGCUUCGUCUUCAGAGCGGUGAGGGACCACAUCCUGUGCAGCUACCUGAUGGACUACAGAUUUGCUUAAAGAAAGACGGUGCUGCUGCUGUAGGCCAUCGGCGGUGAACCUCACGCAGGAAAUUGAGAAGCU